CAGUUUCCAACGAGAAGUUCAGUUCAUGCAGCCGUUCAAGAGGGCCUUUGCUCCUGCUAUCGUGGGCGGCUACUCCUCCCCCUGCAACCUCGGAGGAGACAGCGGGUGUGAUUCGAGAGAACCGGGAGCAAAGUGGAGCGAGGAUUAGGGCGGCGGGUUAGCUGGCCGGGGCGAACGGAGAGGAACAAGAUUCGAUCCACUGCCCUGCGCCACCCCCUGUGUUCUCGCUCUAGAUCUCCCCGCUCCCGAGACUCCCGGCCACCGCCCGGCCGGCUCACACCACGCCACUCGCGGACACGCUGCUCCUCUCGGCUCCCACCUAUAAAUACGCCCCUGCUCAUGGCGCUCCCCUCUCAGCCACAUGUGUCCUCGAUUUGGUAGCUUGCAAGAACCCUGCUGCGACCCCGUGUUGCGUUGAUUCCUCCUCCUCCUCUCUCGAGAUCCUGGCAGGGAGUCGAUCCCCGGCCGGUUGCGAAAUCGGUGGUUGAAUUGCUCUUCACUGCUCUCGGGGUUUGUUGUCUUUGAGCGGUGGCUCUGGAAUAGUCUGUUUCUGUUCUUGUUCCUUCUCAUCUCUCCCUUGAUGCAUUUCUCCUUCUUGGACUCGUAGAGGUAUCUGUCCACAUCGACCACAAAAUUGAUCUUGCGGCCUCUCUCUAGCUUAUGCGGUUCUGAAUUCUGCCUGUUCUUCAUUGAUUUGUUCUGUGCGGUCACUCUUCAGUCUUCACUGUCUUGAGUUCAUGAAGCUGGGAACUCCAGGCAUAUCAGCCCGCAUUUACUUGUUGAAUCCGUUUCUCCUUCUGUGACGGGAGAAGAAGAAAGAACCCCCGGCAGAACUCUCGUCUCAAUUCGAUUGGUUAGAUGCAAAGAGAUGGUGCAUGAGCAGAGCGGCCACCACCACCACCAGCUGCCGAGGUACGGCAACGGCGGCGGCGGCGGCGCCGGCGCGGCCACCGGCGUGGCGCGGGCGUCGAAGAAGAACAAGCCCAAGAAGAUCCCGCAGCGCGGCCUCGGCGUGGCGCAGCUCGAGAAGCUCCGGAUCGAGGAGCAGAAGAAGAUGGAGGGAGCCGCCGUGCCGGGGGCGGCGCACGCGCCGCACCCGCAUGCCCUCGGCGGAGGCGGAGGCAGCCUCGGCCACCUCCUCUCGAUGCACCCUCCUCCUCCGCCGCCGCUCUCGCUGAGCGCCCUGCCGAGGCCGGCAGCGGCCGGCAGCGUGCACUGCGGCUUCCCGCCGGUGCUCUGGGACCCGGCGGACCCCAUGAGACACCCGUACAAGAGAAGCCUGUGCCCGCAGCCUCCACUUCCGACGGUGAGCACGGGCUUGUCGCUGACGGCGUUGUCGAGCCACCCAACGGAGCCCCCUUCAAACCAAAUGUACAGCAGCAACGUUAGCAGGAGCAGCGCGGCGGCGCCGGCCGAGGAGGACAGGGACGCGGCCGGCGUGGAUAGGUCCUGGCCCUUCAUGUUCGAGGGCAUGAACGCGGCCGCAUUCCGGACGCCGGGCAAGGCGCCUUUCCCCGCCAGGAUGACGAGAGAGGCCGGUUUGCCUGAUGUCUGUCCUGACCUGAGCAGAUACGAGUUCAGAGCAACGAAUUAUUUCAGCACAAAUGCGAGUUAUUCAGACUGGGCAUCAGAGUUUGCUCACUGCAAGAGCAGCAAGGAGAACGGCUGCGCCGGUGAGCCCGCCUACCUCACCUUGAACGCUCAGCCUGUGCCCCUCAUCAAGCAGCCUCAUGUGAUCCCAUCGAUACACCUCCCGGAGUACAGCGACUUCGGCGUCAUGCAGUCUCAGCAAGGGAGUGUUUCAGCGUCUUCGUCGUCGCGGCCAUUCUACAGCUUCAUGCCGGUCGGUCCAGUUCGAUGCGAGAGACCCCUGAGCGAGAUCAAGGCCGACGUGUCUGACGGCGUCGAUCUUGAACUGAAGCUAUGAAAGAGCUCAUCACUGUGACUCCUCCCUGUUCCUUCCUGAUAAACAUGGCACCAAACUUGCAAUGGGAACAACACCUCGUUGAAAAAAAAAAUCAAUCGUAGUGGUGUGUUCAGAUUUUAAGCUGAAACAUGAUGUAUGAAACUUUGCGUUUUGAAGAUGGUUUUCACUUCAAAUAAACAUCUGGUAAAGGCUACCUCUAUCUGAGCCAUCAUCUGGUCGUUUCAAGCAGAGCAGAGUGUCUGUGCAUGAUCGAAGCACGAAGCGUUUCCACAUGGUCCCGAUAAGCUCGUGCCCAAUGUAGCAGAGGCUUCAACAGAAAAAGGAUCAGAUGGGCAGACGGUGCUGUGUUGAACAGGAGCAUGUGCAGGAUGGGCAUUACUAGCUUGCAGCUAGCCUGUGGGGUCUCUUCUGUAUAUAGAUCUAGCAAGCAUUAUUGUUUUUCUUUGACACAUUUGUGGAUACCAGUAUCAGUUAUCUCGCAGAGUCAGAGUCAUUGAUUCUACAGUUCUUCCA